CAGACUUCGUCUUCUUUUUGCCGGACUGUGUGUGUCCAUGUGCAAACGGAGACCCCCCCGACUCUUUGUCAUACCCAUUUCUAUGAGAGUGCAGUUGGGAGUUCAACUGCAGUUGGGAGUUCAACAUUUGGAAGUUCCGCAGUUGGUUUGACUUUGUGCCAGACCCAUUCUUAUGACAGUGCAGUUGGGAGUUCAACAGUUGGGAGUUCCGCUGCCGCCAGCGUGCAGGACGCCUGUGUACAAACUCAGCUCUCUUUAAUGGACGCCUGUGUGCAAACAGAGAAUCUUGUGUCUGGUAUGCACAACGGUGCGGAAGUGGACGCUUUCACGGAUUCCCCAAACGUUUCUUCAAUGGAUGCUGGCGUGCAAACUCAGUUCACUGGCAAGGACGCCUGUGUGCAAACUCAGUUCACUUCAAUGGAUGCUGGCGUGCACACUCAGUGGGUCUACUUCACUUGCAAGGACGCCUGUGUGCAAACUCAGUUCACUUCAAUGGAUGCUGGCGUGCACACUCAGUGGGUCUACGCCUUCAUGAGCUCUAUGCAAAGUCAGACGCCUGCGUGCAAGGAAGCUCUACGCCUUCGUGAGUCAGGUGGGAAAGAUGUGCAGGCAGUGGUCUCAUUUUCUUCUGACACGUAUGCAGCUCUUUCAUAUUCUUCAUCUUCUGAUGUGAAGGCAGGGGUCUCAUCUUCUUCCGAUGUGAAGGCCAAGGGGACUUCCACGUGCUCUCAGGCCACCAUUGCCGAUGUUAAGGCAUGGAUUGACGCUGCUGGCAGUAUCAACGAAUCGACUGCGAUCCAGUUUUUAAAGAAUGGUGUGGAUUUGUUUGCAGAACUUCUGACAGAAGGUGGGAUCCCUGCAAAGGCCAGGGCAAAUUAUGCUGUGCGGAAGCGCGGGACGUUCGAGAAUGUGCAAGCGACGUUGGAGGACCUUCUGGAAUUCUUUGAGAGGCACAGAUAUCUUACAGGGCAGAUGAACCGUGCCAAGGCUGCCAAGUUUCUACAGGAUUCCAAGUGCGACGAAUUCCGAAUCCAAUUCUAUGGACGUCCGAGGAACGAUACAACGUCGUCAUGUGGAAGUACUGCCUGCAAAGGCAAAGGCAAAGGCAAAGGUAAAGGCGCCGACAUAGGAGGUCAGGAGUUUGACGAAGUGUGUAGGUUCGGUAGGACGUUGACGGACUUUGAACGAAGGUGUAAAUCUCAGGUUUGGCCUCUGCGGUAUAUUUUCGUUGUCUUCGAGUGCUUCCUUUCAAUCCGAACUUAUUGUAUUGGAUUGUUGAUUGUGAGUUUUCUUGAACAUAAUAUAUGGAAAUCUCCUUAUUCAGUGCAUAGUCUGUGCAUUUGUUUGAGCUGUUAUAAUUCAGUGUGUGCAUGUUCAGUUCUUGGCCAGGUCUCCUGGCUCUAUUGUCGUAAUUUUUACUUUCGCCUAUUCAGUGUUCUCACUGUUGUAGGGUUCUGA